CUUCCUUUUCCCGAAGCCCGUCCUGCUGCUUCUGGUGGGGACCGCUGGGCAGCUGCCUUGGAGCGCCUGACGAGGGGCCCCGGCACCCGAUCCUCUCCCCCCUCGCUUCAGGACGCUCGGCCCCAGACCCGGAACGUCAGCCACGGGAAACAGCCCCGCCCUCCGAGACUCCCCGCAGAGCGGCGUCCUCACCUCAGAAGAUGGGAAAGUCCAGGAGCCCCAGCGACGAGCCCCCCGGGGCAGCCCUCGAGCGCCUCCCCAACCCCCGGUGCCGGCGCCCGCCGCAGGCCGUCUGCACCACUGCCUGAGGGGUUUCGCCUAUUUUUUUUUAAAAAUUUUUACCUCACAGGGAUUCAACCUAAGUACUUAUGCAUAUUAUGACAUAGCUUAAUUUUUUUUUAAGCCUGGCUUGACUUUUAUACUAUGUCCCCCACCUCCUGGCUGUGAGCAGGCGAAAGCUCGGGACACCUCCAAGGAGGUCCUCUCUUCGCCGAAGCUCCUAAUCGCUCCUCCCCCUCACCCCGAGCCCGCCUCUUCCGUGGGCGGGGUUACCGGUCGGCGCGGCAGGGAUCGCGCCAUUGCGCAGCCGCAGGAGGGAGGUACCACAGCGGCUGCUUCAUGGGGGGGCGCGGAGGGCACGCCGGAAGUAGCCGUGGUACGGGUCCCACCGAGGGGUACUCACCGCCGGCUGCCUCUACCCGAGCGGCGGCGAGAGCUAAGGCCCGAGGGGGUGGGCGUGGCGGCCACCGAAACACAGCCCCCUCCGUUCCCUCUUCCCGUGGAGCGGCGCCGCGUCGCUCCCCUCCACCAGCUGCCAUGAGCGAGCGCCUCCGCCCCAGGAAAAGGAGAAGAAACGGCAAUGAAGAAGAAUACCAUCUUCCCCCACAGACCAAAAGGAGUAGUAGAAACCCUGUCUUUCAGGAUUCCUGGGACACAGAGAUUGUGAGAUACUCCCUAAGCCUCCCUGAUAGUGAGAAGACUGGUCUGAAUCGGCAGAAAAUAGGAACCAAAGCGUCUUUGAAAGAGACAGUACCUGUAACGAAAAACAGUAAAGAAAACAGACUAAGAGGAAACAAAGCGUUCUGCGCGUCUUCAAGCAGUGACAGUGGAGGGAGCAGCAGCAGCAGCAGCAUCAACAGCCCAGACAGGGCCAGUGGGCCGGAAAGCUGCUUAAGCCACAUCAUUGCUGGAUCCAGCCCUAACACCCCUCAGCCCAUGCCCGAGCAGUCUGCACUGUGCCAAGGCCCUUACUUCCACAUCAACCAGACCCUGAAGGAGGCCCAUUUCCAUAGCCUACAGCACCGAGGACGGCCUCCCACAUGAUGCGCCGGCAGUUUCUUGCCUUCUAUGAAGGGACAGUGCUGUGCAGAUUUGAUAUUUCAACUUACUGUUUGUUUUAAAGAAUUGCACAAAAAAAAUGCCUGUUGGCUUCUCAGUCUAUAUUUGAAAUAACAGGUUAACAGGCGAUUGUUUACUUGUGGUUUUGCUGCACUAUUGCAAUUUCAAAGGGGCUUUGAAGCAAUUUUUUAUAGGAUUCUUUUGAGGGAGGGUAUCCAAUCCAUGUUAAGGUAGUGGUGUGAGGAAAUCUCAUCUGUGUGUUGAAUCCAUAGUAUGUCCAAUUCAGACUGAUUUCCAAAUCUGUCAAUAAGAAAUUUUACUUUAUGUAAAAGGGCCUUUUAAAAAUGCGGGAUCUUCAAUUUUUUAAAUUCAAUAAACUAGAAAAGAGUAUCUAGUUUCCAUGAAAAACAUAAGUUUUUUUCCAUAAUAUAUAAAGCUUGAUUCAGUCUUGCACUGAAGUUAACUGCCAUACUACCUCUUAGUAUGUAGAUGUUCUUAAAAGGUCCUCUCCCCUUUGUAGGAGAGCGAUCAGAUCCAGUUUAGACUGUGCAAGUGAAGCACCCUCCCUAACAACAGUCUCUUUCUUUGUUAUAUAUUUGUAUUUCCAGGGAGACUGUCUUUCAGACUCUUGCAUACCCAGAUAACUUCUGUAUCAAUAUUCCUCCAGAGUCUGCACCCCAGACUUUAGUAGAGAAAACUGCACAGUUCCAAAAGUCCAAAAAGUAUGUAAUGACUUUGUCUUACAUGAACUCAUUGAUAAUUCCACCUUAUAGUGUCAAUAAUUAAGGUGUAAUGAAUGCUGAUGUCUAAAGUAACAAGUAUCGUGAAACUAUUGGACAAAGUAGCUUAAACUUCAUGCUUAAAGUAACCCCAACAGUAACUAGAGGACCAUAUUCCAUCACUAAAACUGGAAAGACUGGUGUGGCUUAGAAACAAAUGAGCAGAGGCACCUUAGAAGAAAUAAUGUGGUAGUAUUUAUUUAGAGAAAGAUGGAUACGUUCCCAUGUUAUUUAGUCAUACUAGAGAGCCAGCCAAGUUUGAAUAAUGAAGGCACAGAUGUGUCGUCUUCCUCACUGACGAGGUGUCUGAACAAGGAGCCAGGAUGCAUCGGGUCACCUGUUCUGGAGAAUGCUGGGUUGACAACCUGCCAGGGAUGUAGAGGAAAGUGCCUUAGAGUCUACCCAAAUCCUCCUGCCUGCUCACCCUCCACUCCACUCCACUCCGAGUCCGCACAGCACACACAAGCAGAUCUGAGAAGCACGGAGAACUCUAGUAAGAGGACUUUGCUGUUUGUCAAGAUUUGAAAAGGACAUAGGGAACAGCAUAAGAUUUUAUUAUGUGACAGAACUAAAAUUUGAAAAUGAGGACUGUUCUAGGAAAAGGAUAAACAUAUGUACUUCUUUUCCAUGGUCUAUUCCUCUAUAUGGAUAGAAUUUAAAGGCCAGUUACUUGAAAUGGAAAUGUAGUGUUAUGGGAGAAAGUUACAGCACAGGCCCAUGCUUACAGAGCAUGUGGUUUUUGCCGAAGCUUUUUUUUUUUCCUACUGUCAUCUCUCCCAAAUUUUAAAACCAGAUGUUUGACAAGGAUUUUGGAUCUUAAUGGGUUUGGUGGCAGGAAAUAUAGAAAGGAUACAUUGCUGAUAUUUUAUCUAACAAUAAAGCAAACAACCAAAUACUGUAAGAAGACAAGCUGUAUGAGUCUCAAACACACAUGACACAAUUUGGAAAUACCCAGGAGGACUCCUGCAGGCUUAAUGGAUGGCAUCCUACUGAAACAAAACAUGUAUUAACAAGAAAAUGUAAAACUUGAAGAAGAAAAUUUUCUUUUAUUUCUUUCCCACCCAACUAAAAGAUGAUGGAAGAUGAAACCACCACCAAAACAAAUUUUUCUCCAAAUAAGAACAAUCAUAGUGCUGGGCUGGCAGUUAACUCUUUACCCUACUAUAUUACAAGAAAUAAUCUCCAUCCUGUCCUGCAUAUUCUCUAUAGCUCUGGCAGCCUGAGAUGCAUUUCUGUUAUAAGGCUACUUGGUAGGGUCAGUGGACAUCUUUUUUUUUGUCUUUUUGUCUUUUUGUGACCAGUAAGGGGAUCGCAACCCUUGGCUUGGUGUUGCCCGCACCGCGCUCAGCCAGUGAGCGCACCGGCCAUUCCUAUAUAGGAUCCGAACCCGCGGCGGGAGCGCCGGUGCACUCCCAAGCGCUGCACUCUCCCGAGUGCGCCAGGGGGCCGUCCCAGUGGACAUCUUUUAAAACCUACGUUAGCUCAAGCUAGUGAACCCUUGUACUUCUCUAUCGCGUCGCCAUUAAAAGCAGCAUUAGUGCACUCUGUCAUUCAGUUCUUUAUCGGUUACUUAAAAGGGAGCUGACUGGGUGGCUUGGUGGGAGACGGGGACAGAAUCAAAAGGGAUGAACCUCUUGAUGUUGGCACUGACCUGGACUUUUGUUUCGAUGUUUCUGCUCGUUGGUUUAGCCUUUCGAGUGCUUGUCAUGCUCAGUGGAAGAAGUCCAAACCUCCAAGACAAGAGGAGAGAAUUUCAGUAGCAUGAACAGGCAACUUCGGAGCCCAGCUGGAAGCCUUGGAAUCAUUUACCUUAUCUGACUUGAUGCCAGUGGCAGUAUGUUAUGGGGUUCUUGGGAGUUGAAUGUACUGCUUCGGGGGGUGGACUGAUUAUCUGUACCAGUCACCAGUCCAAACAGAACCUGGCAGACAAGAAAUGGUGCACAAUAAAAUG